AUGAAGCGCGGGCAGCGGGGCUUCGCUUCGUCGACUGGCGGGGCUGGCUUUGGCUUCGGAGCUCCUGCGUCUGGGACUUCUUUAUCAUAUCUUACCGAACCGCCAUCCUUCACGGCCGUGUCGGACCCCAACGUCAUUGUGUCAUUGAAGAAUGUCCUCAAGAAGGACAGCAUUACCAAAGCCAAAGGCUUGGAGGAUCUUAUUCAACAUGCGCAAUCGCAUUCAUUUGACGAUCACGGUGGCGUUGAAGAAGCCUUGCUCGACAUCUGGACCCAGAUCUACCCUCGCAUUUCCGUAGACAACUCCAGGCGCGUGCGAGAACUAUCCCAUACCCUGCAGUCAGAGCUUUUGCGUUCGGCCCGCAAGCGCAUGGAACGCCAUGUGCCAAAGAUUGUUGGACCCUGGCUUGCAGGACUCUACGAUCGCGAUCGAAUGGUAGUGAGGGCUGCUCACGACGGACUUUCAUCAUUUCUAACCACACCAGACAGGCUGAGAGCCUUCUGGGUCAAAUGCCACCCGCAGAUUCUAGAGUUUGCCAUCCAAGCUAUUCGAGAAACCCAAGCGACCCUCAGCGACGAGCGGUCCACGACGGCCGAGGAUGCCGAGGCCAAAUACUUUAGGGUCGUGACGUCAAGCCUGUCCUUGGUCUUGGGCUUGCUUCAAACCCUUGACGAUGCCGGCCUGCAAAAGUUUGCAGACAAAUACGACGAGUAUUUCAGCGAAGAGUCUGUCUGGAAGAGCAUUACCUUCAAAGACUCGGCAGUUAGAAGAUCUGUCUGUCAGUUGCUGUUUGCCUGUCUGGAUCGUCAGCUUCCCUACGGCGCGACGGCCAAGGCGAAACAGGCGUUUGUCACCGGAGGGUUAAGAACCAGCCAGGCAGGGUCAGCGCUCGAAUAUGUCAGAGCCUUGACAAAACUGACACAGAGCGAUUCUUCUUUUUGGAUAUCAGGCCCAACGGAUAAAAAGCCACCCAUUGUGCGCCUGCAAUCUUUCAUUUCCAAAGGCUCACAAGGUAGCCCGCCAAGCUUCUGGGAGGCUCUCGACCAACUUAUUGCCCAUAUUCCCGUGGAUGCCCUUGGACUCGAGGCUACGUCUAAAUUGUUGGCGUCGGUUAAGGCUGGAAUCACAAAUCGGGAGGAACCUCGAACAAACUCAUCGUACUCAUGGAAGUGUUUUGCCGACGUGGCCAAGCGAUCCAUUGAACGACUGCAUGGCGGCGCUAAACUAUCAUUUGCGCAAGAACAUUUGUUCCCUCUCUUUGAGAAAUUUCUAUUUUCGACUUCUGAAACCAACGCGAUACCUACUGGCCCGAAUGCCAUGUCUGUACUCGUGGAACUUCAUCUGGAGCUGAUUCAGUCAUCUUCUGACCUCAUUGAUGCUUCGGCUCAAGAAUGGGAACGGCUGGGCAGCGUCUUCUGUACCAACAUUUCGGGCUCCCUACCAGAAGUGUCAAAGGAAUACAAGGCUUCUCAAACGAACAUCGGAGAACAAGGACGGCGUUGGUUCGGUCUUGUUGGUGAGAUAUCUGACCAUUUGAAAGGUCACAAGACCACCCUGCCUGACCAGACUACUGGUCCCUCCAACCGAGUGAUUUCGCAGUGCUGUACAUUGCUAGAGAGCCGCAAUAUGAAGCCUUUUGGUGCAGCACAAAUAAUAGAGUACGCACUAAGCACAUCGAAGCAUCUGUUCUCUGGCGACAAUGGACGGAACCUGGGCGCAUUUUUCCUCGCAGUGGCGGAAGAUGGACUGUGCAAGAUAAUCGAAGCUGCCUCGGCGAGAUACCUACUAUCCGCCCUUGGUAUAUUCGGUUCAAUAGAAGGCCAAGCAAAGACGUAUGAAACAAUCUGGCGAGCAUGGGUGGCUGGGAUUUUGAACACCAGCACCAGCCGGCAAGCACGAAAUACCGCCCUUGCAGGCCUGGUUACCCAAGAAAAGGCUUCCUUCUUGGCUCAAGAAAAUGUGGCUCUGCAAGAUACAUUUUACACCCAGCUUUUAGAAGCCCUUGAUGGAGAAUCGAACACGUUUGAUUUGCUCGAUGCGGCUUGUGUACAUCAGGCGCUGAGCGAUGAUGCGGGCCGAAAGAUAGUAGCAGAGCUGGUGAACCGGUUGUCAAAGCAGACAUCCCAGCUGGACCUUAUUCUCCGUCUACUUGAAACUAUUGCAAAGUCCAAGGCACAGCUGUUUACCGAAGAGCAGAUCCACACCGUGCUUGUUUCUCAGCUACUUGCAUUGUCGGAGAUAAGCGACUCGGACGUGUCUCCCAAAGUCGCCGCAGUCCGUUCUCUCGUGGACGGACAAGCCCAGGGCAAAUUGCACGUCGUGAAUAUCAUCCAGUCCAGUCUCGAAAGAGCUGGACCUCAAUCCUUGGGUAUCCGAACCAUAGUGUCACAGGCAAAGACUGCAGUGCAAAGCAAAGCCGCUUCCUGGGAAGGCAUAUUACCCAGCACCAAUAUCUGGAUGGGUCACUUGGUACCAUUGUUAGAUGCGCCCAUUAACCCGUCCUUGUCGAUUACAAGCAGCAUUGGCGAGAUGCUUUGUUUGCCCCCGCCAGGGAGUCCUCCAAGCGCGGCUCUGCAUUUGCCUCGCGACCGCGAUGGCCGAUGUGUUCCCGCCCGAAUGGCCCUGUACACUUGUGAACUGAUCAAGAAUGAUUUCGACCAUCUUGAAAUUCCCAUACAGUUUCAAAUUGAACUUUUGUACCUCCUGGGUCUCACAGCUCAGAUUGCUUCUGAUCAAAUCACAAUGAUGAGUCGCAAUGGCUUGUGGCUGUCCCUUGAUUCGACAAUCACACUUUCUGAAGCUGAGGAAAUGAUUUCGUCAUCACGGCAUUUGGCCCAGGCAAUUGUCACCAAGUCGAAUGAGCGAAUACAACCAGCCACUGGCUCCUGUAGUAGCUCGUCCUCUAUCAUCCACGGGCUGAUUGACCUCGUAAUGAAAGAAUCACGAGCAUUUUCCUCCCGGGGUGUUCACAGCGCGAGAGUACUGAGCGAGCUCGUUCAGGCACUCAGUGAAGUUCAUGGAAUGCCAAGCUCAAUGGAAGAACAAUACCUAACGUUGGAAAAUCUCAAAGCAAAGCCUGACAGUGCUCUGCUAGCCGCAGGCCUAAUCAGCGGACUUGGGGAAACGGCACAGUCCUCCAAGGCAGUCAGCAACUUUUGUAACCGACUAGUGAGCGACGUCGCAGGAAACACCCCGGAAGACGACAAGACAGGGCUGAACUUGGCACUUCUGGCCAUUACUGCUCAAAUUUACAAGCCAGGAGAGCUUCCGGUGGCUACCAACCGAAUCGUAUUUGCGGUAAAACAGGUGGCUUCGUGGAUACAAAAUGCCACUGUGCUUAGCCCGAGCCUCAGCGCCUCCAUCUGCCGUGCUCUCAACGUACUUUUACCAUGCAUGAAAGACGUUUACGGAUCUCACUGGGAGAUGACCCUGCAGUUCUGUACAAGCCUUUGGAAUGGAGCCGCGAAGGCAAACCUUGAUGAUGCCUUACCGGCCAUUCAUGCCUCCCUCAAGCUAGUCAAGACGCUGGAAAGCAUGAAAGAGCCAAAUGACGACCUUGAGGAUGCGUUGCGAGAAUUUUCCUCUGCAAAGCCUUUGGGCUUGGUUGAGCUUCUCAGAUUAGAUCCAGGGACUAACUCGCAGCCACUUGAGAUUGUCAACGGAAUCCUUUCCCGUGAAGUGGAAAAGAUUCCUGUCAGCAGAAUACCGCAACCUGAAGAACUCUUCAGUUUGAUGGCCUCGCAAUCGAGAGAUGUUCAGACAGCCUCGUUUAACCUCCUCCACAGAAAGAUCCUAGCCGAUCAAGAGCAGAAGUCUAUCGAAGUCCUUCUAGACAAGACUGACGCUCGGUUACCUGAUGAACUCGUCUCGCUGUUCCUCGAUCCCCCAACCUUGGAGAAGUUCUCGGAUGAGUGGCUGUCGUUGUUUCCGACAUCAAUACGCGGCUACUUGCUGUCGUGGAAGUUGGUGUUUGACGCGUACUCGUCAUCGUCGUUCAAGAUCCGCAACGACUAUACUGAGCAUUUGAAGUCGGAGAAAUUGAUUGACCCUCUGAUGGACUUUUUGUUUGAUGUUUUGGGCCAUUCAGCUGCUCACCCGCUUAACCUUGAGAAAGAAAAUAUCGGGCCUGCGCAAAUUUGCGACUACGACAUCAAAUCCGCAGAGGCGGAGAGCGCAGAACAGAGCCUGCACUGGCUACUUGUUCAUCUGUACUACCUCACGCUCAAGUUUAUCCCUAGUCUCUUCAGGACGUGGUACAUGAACUGCCGCUCAAAACAAACCCGAAUCGCUGUAGGAUCCUGGACCACAAAGUACUUGUCCCCCAUCAUUAUCAGGGAGACCUUGGACGGCAUACAAGUUUGGGCGGACCAGCAACAAUCGUCGGCGACGGAUGAACAGGAACUCAUAGUCAAGGUAUCCAAGCUGGGCAAAGAAAUCACGGCGGGAUACGAAGUGGACGAGUCGCAGGCAGCCAUUGUCGUCAAAAUGCCACCCAGCUACCCGAUCGAGAGCGUGACCGUGUCGGGCCUCAGUCGCGUCGUGGCCAACGAACGCAAAUGGCAAAGUUGGAUCAUGACGACUCAGGGGGUCAUUACAUUUUCCAACGGCAGCAUCAUAGACGGCCUUCAGGUGUUCAAGCGCAACAUCAUGGGCGCGCUCAAAGGCCAGAGCGAGUGCGCAAUUUGCUACAGCAUCAUCAGCACGGACAAGCGCACGGCUGACAAGCGAUGCCGUACCUGCAAGAACCUGUUUCACAGGACAUGUCUAUACAAGUGGUUCGAGACGAGUAGCCAGAAUACUUGCCCAUUGUGUAGGAAUACGAUUGACUACUUGGCGGCGGAUAUAUCGAAGAGGAGGCAUGACUAG